AUCGCCCUCUUUUCUCCCUCACACCCACCUACCCACCCACCCACACACUGCAAAUACUUACUUGCAUCCCCCCCUCACUCAGUCUCUUCAGCAACAACUCAACAGACACUUCCACAUCCCAACCAUGUCUUGGCAAGCAUAUGUCGACACUUCCCUCGUAGGCACCGAGAACCUCGACAAGGCCGCCAUCUUCAACAGCGAAGGCAACAGCGUGUGGGCCACCUCUGCCGGUUUCACAGUGUCGCCACAGGAAAUGCAGGCAGUCGUAGCGGCAUACAAGGACGAGGGCACCGAUGGCGUGAAGAAGGUGCAGAGUGAGGGUCUGCAUAUUGCUGGCGAGCGCUUUGUGGUCAUCAAGGCGGAUGACAGGAGUAUAUAUGGCAAGAAGGGCCGCGAAGGUGUUGUUCUUGUCAAGACGACACAGGCAAUUCUCGUUGCGCACUACCCGGAGACAGUUCAGCCUGGAGCUGCUACCAACACGGUGGAGCAGCUGGGAGAUUACUUGAUUGGGGUCGGAUACUAGUCUACUCCAGACCACUUGAGUGGCCAAGCAGGAUAUGAAGAAGAUGAGUUGCGGCAUUUUGCGUGAGCGGGUGGAUGAGGCGCUAUGUGCAUUACACGAAUCAUGAAAGAGAGCUCGGAGACAGACAGGCUGGAUCAUACCUCUAUCCUAUCGCUUCUUAGAUGAGCGAGGAAGGACAGAUCUGCGUGCAUACAUUGUAGUUGUAUAGCUCUUCCAUGAAAGGCUGUCCUUCAAA